UUGAAUUUGAAUGGGUUGGUAAAAAUUAUUAGCCAAAGAGAUAUGAGGGAAUUCGAUAAUCAGAAUUCCCUUUCUACAUCCAAAAAAACUAAUCAGAGGAAGAGGCUUUAUCAAGUUUGGAAAGGUCGUAAUAAAUUCUUUUGUGGAGGUAGAUUGAUUUUUGGUCCAGAUGCUGCCUCAAUUCUAUUAUCAACAUUCCUUAUCGGAGCUCCUGGGAUAACCUUCUGCAUAAAAGCAUUACUCGGUGCCCAAAAAGAUGGAAAUAACGUGUUUGAGUAUGCGGUACUAGCUGGUGGAAUCGUCCUCACACUUGUGGUUCUUAACUUUCUCUUCUUGACGUCGGCAAGAAAUCCUGGAAUAAUUCGUAGGAACAAACGACCACCUGAAUGUGAAGAGUCUUUCAACUAUCGGUCACAAUCGUUUGAUUGGCUAAAUGGUACCCCAUUGAGCCUAAGGAUACCAAGAAUUAAAGAUAUGCUCGUUAAUGGUCACACGAUUAAAGUAAAAUACUGCGACACUUGCAUGCUCUACCGCCCCCCUCGUGCUUCUCAUUGCUCCAUUUGUAAUAAUUGUGUUCAACGCUUUGAUCACCACUGCCCGUGGGUAGGUCAGUGUAUAGGAGUUCGCAAUUAUCGAUACUUCAUCCUAUUCGUGACAUCAUCUACGCUCUUGUGCAUAUACGUUUUCACGUUUGCAUUGAUUGAUAUAAUUCGCCAAAAUGGGAGCAUUUUGGAUAGUGUAUCAAAAGACGUGAUAUCGGUUAUGCUUGUGGUAUACUGCUUCAUAUCUGUUUGGUUCGUUGGCGGGCUUAGUGUUUUCCAUUUCUAUCUCAUAGCCACAAACCAGACAACUUAUGAAAACUUCAGGUAUAGAUACGAAAAGAAGAAAAAUCCUUUCAAUGAAGGGUUUAUUAAGAACCUUAAGGAUGUGUUUUGUACUAAGUUGCCAUCCCCUAUUGACUUUCGAGAGUGGGUAACAGUUGAAGACGAUGAUACUUCAAGUGUGGGGUCUUUUACACAAAGAUUUGGUGAAUCUAUGCAUCCACCAACCGAAAACCAAGCCAAGGAACCGAGCAACUUUACUGAAAGGGAAGAAACAUUGCCAAAUAAUUACAAGACUUCCAAUUAUUCUGCUUCUGAUAAUGACUUAAAAGGCAACAAUGGAGACACAAACACAGCAAACGAUCCACACUUUCUAGUUAACUGUCAAGAAUCAGAUUUGUGUAAGAACGAAGGAAUUGACCAAAAUGAUUGUACCUCAACAAGACAUCAAUAG